AAAGACUAUAGUUCUUGUGUUGCCGUCUUCCUUAUCUUUCUCCCAUCAAUUGUUCUCCUUCCCCAUCUGUUCAACUCGUAUUCCUCCCUCUUUCUCUCUCUCCUCCCACUCUGUGGAGACGUUAACAGCCUCACAGCUCACCGCUCACUCGUCUGUUGUCAGCCAUGUUGUUGGUGUUGGUGUGUGACACACACUGAGCUGUCAGCAGCAACAGGUUCUUCUCUCUGAGUUAACAAACGCUGCUGGCUCAAACUUUAACAUUUAUCCAACAAAUAGUGCUCUCGUUUGGAUAAUAAAGCGUCGCAGAGUGUCCGGAGAACCGUGAAGAAGAGGUGGAUGAUAACUUCAGGCCCAGAGGAAGCGAGGAAGUUGAUGUUUGUGUGGCCGCUGUGAGAGACAGAGAGGUGCGCGAAGAGAAACUGCUUAUCUAAGCAUUGACACCACUGUCCAGUCUUAGCUGCAGUACUGACUGAUGACUGGGCUGUGACUGUGUGUUUUGCAGAUGGCCGCGAGCAGUAGCUGACUACGCCGCCGGGAGUUCCCCCUCUCUGACUCUGCCACCUGCAAAUAUGAAUGGUGGUCCAAGUGUAUGGGCGAUCUCUCCAGAGGAGAGGGACAAACAUGAUCAGAAGUUUGACACCCUCUCCCCAUCAAUGGGCUAUGUCUCAGGGGAGCAGGCAAGGAAGUUUUUACUCCAAUCAGGGCUACCUCCUUCAGUUUUGGCUCAGAUAUGGACUCUGGCUGACAUGAAUAAAGACGGGAAGAUGGACAGGUUGGAGUUUUCCAUCGCUAUGAAGCUCAUAAAGCUAAAACUCCAGGGCACACAGCUUCCCUCAGCACUGCCAAUCAUCAUGAAGCAGCCUCCAGUGCACGCUCCCAGCCUCAAUAACCCCACCUCGUCCUUGACCAACCCAGCCUAUGGCAUGGCUUCUAACAUGUCCAUGAUGUCCGGGACAAACCUUGCUAUGUUGACCCCUGUCUCCAUGGCAACCCCUGGACUCUCACCUAUGACACCAAUGAUGGGCCUCACCCCUUUGGUUCCUACAGCAACAGGCAUGAGCCCUCUAAUAGCCUCCACCUCGCCGAGGCCCCUGAUGCCCACCGGGGGAAGCGCCACCCUGCCAAACGGCACCAUGGGAAUGCUCCAUGCAGGAUUGGCUUCUGGCAUACCUCGCUCUAUAUCCCCCUACUCCUCUCCGCUCGGAUUCUCCUCUUCUGGUAUGAACAAGGCCUCAUCGCUGAUGGACUUAGCAUCUAUCAGCUCCUCUUCCUCAUCCCCCUCUGCGCUGUCCCCCAUGGUUACUGUUCCCAGCGACUGGGCCGUGCCACAUGCCUCCAGACUCAAAUACAGACAGCAGUUCAACGGCUUGGAUAAAUACAUGACAGGAUAUCUCAGUGGUCAGCAGGUGAGAGGUGCCAUGGCGACCACGAUGCUGACUCAGACACAGCUGGCUUCCAUCUGGACUUUAGCUGAUGUGGAUAAAGACGGCAAGCUAAAAGCUGAGGAGUUUAUUCUGGCAAUGCAUCUCGUGGACAUGGCAAAGACUGGACAACCGCUGCCGCUAACACUGCCAACUGAACUGGUACCACCCUCACAGAGGGGUGCAGUGAAUGGAUCCGGCUCUUCUCUCUAUGCAGCUCUGACUGAUAACUUGGACAUAGAACCUCCACAGAAAAACAAACCCAACCUGUCAUUCGAGGAUAAAUUCAAAGCCAACCUGGAGCGAGGGAACGCAGAACUGGAGAAAAGACGCCUGAUGCUGCUGGAGGCGGAGAGAAGGGAGAUGGAGCGACGCGCUCAGAAGGAGAGAGAGGAGCGAGAGAUGAGAGAGAGGGAGGCUCGGGAGGCUGAGGAGAGGAGGAGGAAAGAGGAGGAGAGGAGGCUGGAGCGACAGAGGGAGCUGGAGAGACAGAAAGAAGAAGAGCGGCAGAGAGAGAUAGAGAGAAAAGAGGCGGCACAGCGGGAGCUCGAGCGGCAGAGGAAGGAGGAGUGGGAGAGGAGGCGGCGAGGAGAGCUCGAGAUAAAGAAGGAGCAGGAGCAGGAUGAUAUCAUCAAAUUGAAAGCUAAAAAGAGGAGUCUGGAGAUGGAGCUGGAGGCUGUGGGUAACAAGCAUCGUCAGAUCUCAGACCGGCUGCUAGACUUUCAGAACAAGAGGAAGCAUCAGAAGACAGAGCUGGAUGUGACCAAUCACAGGAAAGACACACGGCAGCAGGACAUUAACAACCUGCAGAAGCAGCUAGAGGAGUUCCAGAGGAAGUUGUCCCAGAUGACUCCGGAGCAGAGGAGACUGACUGAGAAACUCCGAAACAUGUCUAUGAAUAACCUUCCUGGGUCGACCAUGUCCGCCCUGAAGGUCGCCGUUACAGAGAAAAAAGGGACAACUGUGAAACUGCAAGAGCAGCUGCAAUCUCUGGAGAAAGACACUGCUGCCAAACUGUCUGAGAUGGACCAGUACAACAAAGACAUGCAGGAACUGAGAGAGAGCCAGAGAAAACAGCAGGGGGCACUUGAGAAACUACGGAGCGUCAAAGAGGACAAACGGCGUGAGCUGAGUCGAAGGAAAGCUGAGGAAGAGGAGAGGAAAAGGAGAGAAGAGGAAAGGAAACAACAGGAGGAGGAGAGGAGGCGGAAGGAGGAAGAGGAAGCCCAGAGGCGUAUUAAGAUGGAAAAAGAGCGGCAGUGGCAGGAGAAGCUGAAGAAGGACGAAGAGGAGCGUCAGAGGAGGCUUCAGGAGGAGAAAGAGGCCAAAGAGAGGGAGGAGGAGGAGAGAGAGAGACAGGCUAUCAUCCAGGCUACCAAGGACCAGGCCGAACGAGAGCUCCGAGCAAAGGAGGAGGCAGAGCGGAAGAGAAGAGAUGCGGAGGAGAGGAAGAAAAGAGAAGAGGAGGAACGGCAGAAGCAAGCGGAGAGACGGAGGCAGGAGGAGGAGAGGAGAAAGCUGGAGGAGGAGAGGAGGCAGCUAGAGGAAGAGAGGAGGAAACUGGAGGAUGAGAGAAGGAAAGAGGAGAAGAGACGGAAAGAAGAGGAGGAGCAACGCAAGAGGGAGGCCGAGAGGAAGAGGUUAGAGGAGGAGCGGAGAGAGGAGGAGCGUCGUAGAGAGAGGGAGGAGGAGGAGAGGAGGAGACAGAGGGCGGCCGUGGCCGCCGUCCGAGAUGCGGAGGAGAGAAGAAAUCGAGAAGAGGAGGAGAAAAAGAGGAGGGAGGAUGAAGACAGGAGGAAGCUUCAGCAGCAGCAGCAGGACGAGGAUAGGAGGAAGCGUGAGGAAGAAAGAAGGAGGGCGGAAGAGGAGCGGAAGAGAAAAGAGGAGGAAGAGGAGAGGAGGAAAGCCGAGGACAGGAAGAAAGUCGAGGAGACGAAAAAGAGGAAGGAGGAGGCGGCUCGUCACCUGCAGCAGGCGAGUGGAGGAGGAAAGGUGGAUAUUCAGGGGAAACUGACGGCUCUGCUGAAAGGACUGGAGGAGAGGAAGGGUGGGCAACCAAGGGCCACACACCACAGGAAGUCAGCAGCUCUCACAUCCUUCAAAGCUCUCUACCCGUUCACUGCCCGAAACAACGAAGAGCUCGACUUCAGUGCAGACGAUAUGAUCGAGGUUGAUGAGACGACAGAGCGGGAGGAGGGCUGGUUGUACGGCAGCAAACAGGGGAAGAUGGGCUGGUUCCCAGAGAGCUACGUGGAGCGAGUGGCCCCAUCAGAUACGGCUAAUAAUACUGCUUCUGCUGCUGCUGCUGCUGCUGCUGCUCCUCCUCCUAAAGUCCCGAUCCAUUCACAGCUGUCCAAUGCACUUGAGGCCGUCAAGGCAGGAGGAACAAAGUCUGCCUUCACACCAACGCACUCUCCACACCCUGCACCUUCUGAGACACACGGACAGCAGGUGGUGGGUAACCUGUUGGCCCAGGCCUUGUGUUCGUGGACAGCAAAGACAGACAACCAUCUGAACUUCAAUAAGGACGAUGUGAUCCAGGUGUUGGAGCAGCAGGAGAACUGGUGGCUUGGAGAGCUGAACAGUGAACGGGGCUGGUUCCCCAAAACAUAUGUAACACUGCUGGGAGAAGAAGAGAGUUCAGACCUGAAGAGCUCCUCUCCUGAUGCUUCAGAGUCUGGUGACAGCCAGCAGCAUGAAGAAUACACAGCGUUGUACACCUAUGAGUCUCCGGAGCCUGCUGAUCUGACCUUUAGUGAGGGAGAUGUGAUCUGGGUGAGCAAGAGAGAAGGAGAGUGGUGGCACGGCUCUAUAGGCGACAGCACAGGCGUCUUCCCCAGCAACUACGUCAAACCUAAAGAGACGGAUACAUCAAGUAUAUCUGGAAAGAAGAAGCCAGAGAUUGCCCAGGUGACCAGGGCCAAGCCCUCUACCAGCCCUGAAAUGCUGAAUCUGGAGACUGGUCAGCUCAUCCUCGUCCUCGGCAAGAACGCUUCUGGCUGGUGGCUCGGAGAACUGCAGGCUCGUGGUAAAAAGCGUCAGAAGGGCUGGUUUCCUGCCUCUCAUGUCAAAAUAUUAGGAUCCAACAGCGGCAAGUCCACACCAGCACCCCAAUCAGUCUGUCAGGUGAUAGCCAUAUACGACUACACGGCCGCCAACGGGGACGAGAUGAGCUUCUCCAAAGGUCAGCUGAUCAACGUUUUGGACAAGAACGACCCGGACUGGUGGAAAGGAGAGAUGAACGGGGUCACUGGUCUGUUACCCACCAAUUACGUUAAGAUGACCACGGCGGAUUGUGACCCCAGCCAGCAGUGGUGUGCAGACCUGAACAGCCUGGACUCACUGAGCUCCCAGGAGAAGAAGAGACAGGGUUACAUCCAUGAGCUGAUCCAGACUGAGGAGAGAUACGUGGAAGACUUACAGAUAGUGCUAGAGGUUUUCCAUAAGCCUAUGUCAGAGUCGGGCCGGCUGAGUGAUUCAGAGAUGGCCAUGAUGUUCGUCAACUGGAAAGAACUGCUGGCCUGCAACUCUAAACUUUCCAAGGCACUACGUGCGCGUAAGAAGAUGGGCGGGGAGAACAUGCCGGUGCAGAUGAUCGGAGACAUCCUGGCCGCGGAGCUGUCCCACAUGCAGCCCUACAUCCGCUUCUGCUCCUGCCAGAUCAACGGAGCAGCGCUGCUCCAAACUCGCUACGACAACGAGCCCAACUUCAAGGACUUCCUCAAGAAAAUUGCCACAGACUACAGGUGUAAAGGCAUGCCGCUGUCCAGCUUCCUGCUGAAACCCAUGCAGAGGAUCACACGCUACCCGCUGCACAUCAAAAACAUCCUGGAGAGCACCGCAGAGGGCCACUCUGACCGAGGUCCUCUGAAAGAGGCUCUGGAGAGGGCGGAGGAACUCUGUCAACAGGUGAACGAGGGCGUGAGAGAAAAGGAGAACUCUGACAGACUGGAAUGGAUUCAGAACCACGUACAGUGUGAUGGCCACGCAGAGAACAUGGUCUUUAACGCUCUUACCAACUGUCUGGGCCCCAGGAAACUGCUCCACAGCGGCAAGAUGAACAAGGUGAAGAGCAACAAGGAACUCUGGGCUUUCCUCUUUAACGACUUUCUGCUUCUGACUCAUACGGCUAAACAGUUCACCUCAUCUGGGCCUGAUAAACUGUUCAGCAGCAAGAACAACGUACAGCUCAAGAUGUAUAAGCCGCCUGUGCUGCUAAAUGAAGUUCUGGUGAAGCUGCCGGAUCCGUCUAGCGACGAGCCCACCUUCCACAUCUCACACAUCGAUAGAGUCUACAUACUCAGGACCGACAACAUCAAUGAACGGACGGCUUGGGUUCAGAAGAUCAAGGCUGCAUCUGAAGAAUUUAUUGAGACGGAAACAAAAAAAAGGGAUAAGGCCUAUCAAGCAGCCCGAUCUGUGAAGGCUAGUGGAAUCGGCAGACUUCUCGUCACCAUCUUGGAGGCCACUGAACUCAAGCCAGGCAAACCCAACGGUAAGAGUAACCCCUACUGUGAAGUGACCAUGGGAGCUCAGAUGUUCACGUCCAGAACGCUCAACGAAACUCUCAACCCCAAGUGGAACUUCAACUGUCAGUUCCACAUCAAAGACCUUUACCAGGACGUCCUCAGCAUCACCGUCUAUGAAAGAGACCUGUUUUCACCUGACGCCUUUCUGGGUCGGACAGAGGUUCCCGUGGCAACCAUAAAGAAAGAGCUGGAAAACAAGGGGCCGGUAACGCGCCGUCUUCUGCUGCACGAGGUUCCUACAGGGGAGGUGUGGGUCCGCCUCGACCUGCAGCUCUUUGGCAACAAAUAGACACGUAGGACGAACUGAAAUAAUGAUGGGGUCUUCUACCGAGACAUCCAAAUAAGGAUAUUUUUAACCAAAUAAGAAAGGCUGCUUUUUGUCACCUAAACAAUCGGAUGGUUCCCCACACAUAUCAAACAAGACACCCCUGAACUGAACACGCAACACGCCUUAAUAUUUUAAUAUUAACCAGCACUAAUAAUACCUCUUCUGAUGUCAUCUGAAUCUUCCAGUAGGGUCUGAGUGACAUCAUGGGAACCCACCAAUAGGAGUCAGAUCUGGCUCAUGACCUCAGAUAAAGAGGGCAGCAGGACUGGUGCAGCUGUUUGCAUCUGAACAACAUGUACUGUACUCUCUGAAGGAUGUCAAAGGAACAACUACAGCCUGACUUCUUAAACAGUGGAGACGCAGUGUGUCAGGAAGCGGAAUCUGCUGUAAUAAUUUAUAGCCUUCAGACUGGGAGGUAGACCUGGACAAAAAUCAUAUAAUAUUAAUAAAUCAAUAAGAUAUAAAGGGUCACAUCUAUUAUCUAGACUCUUAACAGCUCUGUAUCCCAGUUACAACAGUUUCAGUAUUCAGUUAUUGAGACAAACUUUGCCAAGUCUGGUCAACCAAGGCCAUUUAAUGAGUGUUUUUCUCUUAACCUACAAGAUAUAAAUACAUUGACUUCAUGAUGAGGUUGUGACUGAUCUGUAACGGCUUCUCACAGCGACAUUAAGCGCAUCAUAUACAGUAGACGGCAGAUGACGGACUCUGUCGGACAAGAAGUUUUUGCUCUGGUCUGGGGUCAGUUUACUACUGUAGAUAGAAGAUCUCAGGAUACGUUCUGGGUUGAAUCUGUCACUGUAACUAUGUUGUGUGUGUGUGUUUUUGAGUGUGUGUGUGUGGAGUGUGGAAGUGUUAGUUGAGAUAUAGUACAUACAAAUAUCUUCAGCUGAGGGCUCUUGAUGCUGCAACUUUUUGGAGUUAACUGAUAACUUCUGGCCUUAAUGCAAGUCUUCUUUUUAGUCUUUUAAAAUCUGUCCGCUUCUAAAACCAUUGGAAUUCUUUGGGAUGAUGUUGGCCUUGACUCUGGUCUUAGGAUGGACGUAUAAGCUUUUUUUCUUCCGUGUGCAAAAAUCAGCCAAGGCCAAGUAGUUUGAGUGCAAAACAAUUUAGGUGACAAAAUGACGCAGGAAUGAAAUGCUGUACUGACGAACACCUUGAACUCAGUCAGCUCUUCCUGCCUUUUCACUGUGGAGGGUUUUGAGGUUGUCAAUAUUUUGAGGCAACACAGAUUGGCAGUUUGUCAGCAAUAAUUAACAGUAUUUGCUCACUUGUGUUUUUGUUCUUUACACUUCCACCCUACCAGACAGAUUUUUUAAGUGUCAUCUCCAAUCCUCGCCUCACUGACAGCAAUAUUGUCCAUCUCUGUCGCCUCAAAAAGUUUCCCUCUAUAAAUAUCUGCCAUUACAAGGAUGUAGUGUGUAAAAGCUUUUUUAUUUAUGUUUUCGGUUGAUUUUUUUUUGGGGUCUUCUGCCUCAUUUUUACUCCUCUGUCCUUUGCAUCCAGUUUCUUUCCUAACUCUGAGCGCCUACUGGUGCUCUGGAUAUUAACAAAAAAAAAAGUGUUGUAUUUAUUUCUUAAUUUAUGCGUGUGUGACUAUCCAAAGAUUUGGAGCGGCUUUGCUUGCUGUGUCAUCUUGGAUAAUCAGUUGGUAUCCACUGGGUUUGUUUUGUGUGACGUCAGAUAGUAAAAAUGGGUUUAUUGGACACACGUCGACGAUACUGUUUUGAAAGGCAAUAUAACAUCUUAGAUGAUUCUCUGUGAUUUGAGUUUUACUGUAAGUAGACUAGGUCACUAGUUGUUUUGUUAGGCCUGCUGUUUUUAUAUUCUAUUAAUUUGUUUUAUUCAAUCCACAAAACUCUGUUUUUAAGUCCUGUAUUAACGUUGAUGUUUCUUUGAAUUUGUGGAAAAUGUGCAAAUAGGCUGGACUACCUUCCUCGUCUGUGUAGGGGUGUUUUGAAGUUUGUCUUUUAUUUUACUUUUUUAUUUUCCGCAGCCUUCUGCAUUGACUGCUGCUGUGCUAACUGAGUUUAAGGCCUCUCUAACCAGAGUGUCUGGAGUCUGUAACCUGCUGUUUGUACUCACUUUGGCCUCCAUGUGGCGCUCUCUGAAUCAGGGUUUCUUAAAUCAAAUUAAAGACAUUAAAAGUGAA